AUGGCCGCAGAAGACAAUGAACCCAAUGAGACCAGCCCCCUCCUGCCAACAUCUGAAAUCAGACAAUCCACCCCGAACCCAUCCUACCAAACCUCACUUUCCAAAGCAGACCAAGCCCUAGGCCAAUCGCCCCCUCUCGGCGAUCGCCUCCCCUACAACGACUACACCACCAUCGACUGGCUGCGCGAUCUGACAAAGGACUCCUCCCGCGCCCGUCGUCUCCGCGCACGCCCAGGUAUCUACGGCACCGCGGCGCGCUGGUUCGACCAGUGCCAGGGUUGGAUCGCCGCCGCGGUCAUCGGCGCGCUCACGGCCCUCGUUGCCUUCGUCGUCGACGUCUCCGUGGCGACGGUGAGCGAUUGGAAGGAGGGGUACUGCAAGACAAAUGUUCUUUUGGACCGUGGGCGGUGUUGUUGGGGAGUGUCGGAGACGGAGACUUGCGAUGCUUGGAACCCCUGGAUCGAUGAGGGCGAAGGAGGGGGGUACGCCGCCAGCUAUGCAGUCUAUGUGCUGUUUGCCCUCCUCUUCGGCGUCGUCGCGGGAAACGUCACCAUGACCACCAAAGCCUCUCUGCCAGCCGUCGACGCUGACAGUGCCGUCACGACAGGUGCCAUGAUAGAAGGCAAGACGAUGUACAUGGCCGCCGGCAGCGGCAUCCCCGAGAUCAAGACAAUACUGUCGGGCUUCGUGAUCCCUCACUUCCUAGACUUCAAGGUCUUGGUUGUGAAAGCGGUAGGCGCGACCUUUGCCGUGUCGACGGGCAUGUGUCUGGGCAAAGAGGGGCCCUUCGUCCACAUCUCGACGUGCGUCGGGUGGCUGGUGGCCAACCGGUUCCCCAAGUACAGGGACAACCCACGCAAGAUGCGGGAGAUGCUGAGCGUGGCGUGCUCUUCCGGCCUGUCCGUUGCCUUUGGUGCGCCGAUUGGCGGUGUGCUGUUCAGCUACGAGGAAAUCAGCACGUACUUCCCACGACGUGUGUUGUGGCGCGCGUUCCUGUGCUCACUCAUCGCGGCCAUUGCUCUCAAAGCACUGAAUCCUACGGGAACCGGAAAGCUGGUGCUUUUCGAGACGAGUUAUGGAGUCGACUAUGACCCGGUGCACUACUUGGUGUUUGUGAUGCUGGGUGUCGUUGGCGGCGUGUUCGGCGGAGUGUUCUGCAAGGCCAACUUUCUUUGGUCCAAACGUUUCCGCAGAUACGACAUCGUCAAGAAGCAUCCCGUGCUUGAACUUUGUUGUGUCGUAUUGGCGACCGCUUUGCUGCAGUACCCAAACGUGCUCAUCCGCGACACGGGCGACGUGGCACUCUCGAGGCUACUAGUUGACUGUAAGGAGCCAAAUGGCAACUGGAUAUGUCAGCAGGAGGGAAGCAACGACAAGAGAGCGUACAUGCUGCAGCUGGCCAGCGGCGCGGUCAUCAAGUUGCUCCUGACCAUCAUCACCUUUGGAUGUAAAGUCCCCUCUGGCAUCAUCAUCCCCGCUCUCGACGGCGGCGCUCUUUUCGGACGAUUGGUAGGUCAGUUCGUUGGUGGGAUCUCGCCCGGUAUUUUUGCAAUGGUCGGGGCGGCGGCCUUCCUCGCGGGCGUGAGCAGGAUGACUGUGAGCUUGGCUGUCAUCAUGUUCGAGCUGACUGGCGAGGUGACGUACGUGCCGGCCUUUAUGUGCGCCAUCCUGACGGCCAAAUGGGUCGCGGACGCGCUCUCGGGAGAAUCCGUGUACGAUCUCUCGCAACACCUGCUAGGCCACCCCUUCCUAGAUGCGGAACAAGCCUAUGAAGUGGUGCGGAAGCGCGAGGCCACCGCCCGUGAGCUGGUUCCUCCAGCCGCGACGAUGGAGGAGAUCACUCUGCGGGUGGGCAGUGAGUACCGCGUCCGAAGGGAUGUGCUGUCGGAGAAGCUGCGGAAAUUGAAGGCCAGGGGACUCAUGGAUGCGGGCCUAGUUCUUGUUAAUGAUGCCGGACUUCUAUUUGGCUAUUUGCCCGAGGCAGAAGUAGAGUAUGCGGUGCUGAAAACUGGCGAAGCGGAGGAAAUCGAUUUGCGAACUGGCUUCAUGACUGAGUUGGUUGAUCGAACGCCGCUCACAAUCUGCGCCGAGGCCCCGAUGGAGCACGUUUUGGAGAUAUUUGGGAAGCUGGGCCCGAGGUACACCAUCGUUGUUGAGCCGGAGACGUCCAGGGUGCUUGGUGUUGUGCUCAAGAAGCGACUAUUGGACUUUUUGGAUCGGGUUAAGGCGUCUUGA